AUGGAAAACCUUGACCAGAGUAACAAUAAAAACGUGUCGCUUAGUUUAAUUGCCGAAUAUGGCUCGGAAUCUGACUCGGAGGACACAAGAUCUAAUGAUAAUACAGGAAAUGAUGAUUCAGAUGCAGUGGAGCUUAGUGAAAUGGUAUUGAAAAAUAAUAUUAUCAAUGCUUGUGCUCAUGGACCACUCUCGGAUGGUGAUAGUGAUGUAGUGGUUACAAGGCAUAUGAUAAUAGAUAGUUCAGAAAGUGGUGUGGUAGAGUAUGAUGUAACGGAGUAUAGAGAUAUGGACAGCGAUUCUGAUUCAAGCUCUGAUGAUUCUAGUGAUAGUGAAGUAGAUUCUGUUAAAGAUAUUGAAGAAUAUUCCAGCGGAAAUGAAUUGGAAGUAAAUAGUCGAUCUGGAAAAAUUGAACCACCUAAAGUACAUGGUGAGCUAGGUCUUGAUGACCUACCACCUAUAGAAGAUCUCGCCAUAAGCUUGCCAGCUCAAGAAACUGCAAAAAUUGGAACCAUUACUAGCAUAGUAGAUAGAUUAGUGGUAGUGAGAGCAUUCCCUGAAACACCCGCAGUUGAUUUGGACAGUAUCCUGUUUCUUGAAAAUGGGGCAAGGGCAUUAGGAAAAGUAUUUGAUGUUUUUGGACCUGUAAAAGAGCCCCACUAUUGCGUGCGUUUCAACUCUGAAGAUCAUGUAAAAGAAAAAAGAGUUCAUCCUGGCAUGGAAGUAUUUAUAGCGCCCAAAAGUCAACACACUAAUUAUGUCUUCCUCACAGAACUUAUGAAAGCUAAAGGUUCCGAUGCGUCAUGGUUAAACGAUAUUGAACCGCCUCCGAGCCACGUCGACUUUUCUGAUGAUGAAGAAGAAAGACGAGCCAACAAAGCAAAGAAAGAACAAAAACAAAAUAAACAAGAGUCAUCUGAUAAUGGCGAAACCUCGAAGAAUCCUCCCAGAAAAAUGCUCGAAGCCAGACGUAAUCAUCGACCUUCAGAAUCCAGCAGUAGAUUCGGAGGUUCGAGCCGCGGCCGCAGUUCUGUACCACCAGGCUUUAGAAGGAAUCCAUUCCACUUCGCAAGAGCACAACGGCCAUGGGAUGAUCAGGAAAUGAGAACCCCUCCACCUCACCCCAACGUUGACCCCGGAGGUCACUUUAUCGCUCCACCAACAUUCAAUCCAAUGUUUCCUCCAUUCCAUCCCACAACACCACCACCAUAUAUGAUGAAUAGGCUUCCAUUUGCGAGAAAUCCCAGAAUGCAAGGAUUAAUGAAUAUGCCAGUUAGACCAAAUAUGCCAAUAUUUGGUGCGAACUACUGCAACAUGCCCGAGCAGGCUCCGCAGUGGGUGAGUGGGCCUCCGCCGCCGCCAGGCACG